AUGCUGCCUCAGAGCAUGUUCCAUAAGGACUUCCAGUCUCUUGAUUCAGCUAGAACGCAGGAAGAUGUGGGCAUCCUUUCACGAGAAGCCUUCUGUAUGAGUACCACGAAUACCUUUGCUUACCUGCUGAGGUACUGGACUUCACUCACACCUGCCAGGAUGCCUCAAGUCAUUGUAUCAAUCACCUUGGUGGGAACCCAGGCCAUGGUGACAGUGGCCACCAAUGCAGUCCCUGGGGUUGCUGUCUCUAGAACGGCUACCGUAGCCAUCCCACCUCCUGCUCCCCUUCCUGCUCCCCUUAAUCUCUUGGGGCCUGUCAACACCCUGCUGCCAGCCCACUCAGGGGCACAGCUGAAUGCAGUGAUCAAUCUUAUGCUCAGUGGCAACACCUUGGCAGAGGACAAACUCCUUGCAAUCAACAGUGUUCUGCUGGAUGAGGUGGGCAGUGUGGGUCACAGCAUGCUGGAAAGUAGGCACUACAUCAAGACUUUGUUGGCAUGGUGGUUUGCCCAUUGCCGCCCUGCCAUCGACAAGGAGCUCACUGGGUUCUCCAUACUGGAAGUCCAGGCCUUGAUAGGGCAAUAUAUAAUGAUAUAUUAA